UCUGCUGAGAAAACUUGAAGUCACCCUCGGCACGCCCUGAGCCUGGCCCUGGGAGGAGCCAGCCCUUUAUAGGCACAGGGCUGCUCCCCGUUAACACACCCUCUGCCUCCUUCCUUCCCCCCAUCCCUGCAGGCUCUGCUAAUGAGGGCCGGUCACUCACACCAGCGACAGGCCUCUUCCUUCCCCAGCAGUCAUUCCACACACCUGCCUUUCAAUUAGCUCCCACCUCCUGGAGGUCCUCACCCCACACCCACGGGGGCUGGGGGGCCAGGCCUGCCCGCAAGGGCGCAGGGCGUUGGGCUGUGGAGGAAGAGGCGGCAGCUUGGUGACACACAAAGCAGGGCUGCCCCAGACGGUCCCCAGAGGAAUGUUAGGCUCCCCGGUGCCCUGGGGCGUUGCCGCUGCCCCAAUCCCUGCCUGCGGAAGCUGCAAUUACCUCAGAGCACGAGACCAGCCUCCCACCUGACUGAGUCAGCCGAAGACAACAACACGUCUCCACCGCCACACACUGGCACAAACAGCCAAGCCACUGAUCAGUCUGGGAGCCAGCGGCGGAGAGACCAGCCCCCGCAGGGCCAGGAGCCACCCCGGGUCGCGCCGCAGCUGCCCUCGCUCCGGCUCCACGGAGUGGAGUGCUGUUUCUUCCUCCUGGGGUUUUUCCACUGCCCUAUCAAGUAACCAGGCCACUCCUGUCCCUCUGGGAAACUCCCGUCACCAGGAACGCUCAGCUUUUUCGGCUCUCCUGGACACGCGUACGAAGGUCCCUGCUGAGCAGAAACCCGGAGGCCUCUGCUUCUGCCAGCGAAGGCUGCCUCCCUGAUUCUCGCUGUUCACUGCUCCAGCGGGCCCAGAGGGCCCCCAGCUGCCCUUGAACCGGGCUUCUGAGGUUCCAGGCUUGUCUGCUGGCUCCCUGGGGCCCCAUGGAGAUCUGGCGGAAAGGCUCCUUCCGCAGCGCCUCCUUCUUCAAGCGGCUGAGCCUGCGGCGGCCGCGGAGGCUGCGGCGACAGGGCAGCAUGCUCAGCCAGGCCAGCACGGCUGGAGGGGACCACGAGGAGUACAGCAACCGGGAGGUCGUCCGGGAGCUGCGAGGGAGGCCAGAUGGCCGGCGCCUGCCACUGUGGGGGGACGAGCAGCCCCGGGCCACCCUGCUGGCCCCGCCCAAACCCCCGCGCCUCUACCGAGAAAGCUCCAGCUGCCCCAACAUCCUGGAGUCCCCGUCCACCUACACUGCAACCUACUCUGCCACCCUGCCCUCCGCGCUCUCCCUGGCGGACGCCCUCUACCAAUACUCCGACGAGGACCUUUCAGACACGCCCCCCUUCCAGAGGACACCUGCUCCAGACCUCAGUGAUCCCUUCUUCUCCUUCAAAGUUGACCUAGGGAUUUCGCUUCUUGAGGAAGUUCUACAGAUGCUGAGGGAGCAAUUUCCCAGUGAGCCCAGCUUCUGAAUGGGGGGAGGGUGGGCAGAGGUGGGUGAAAGAACCAGAAGCCUGGGGACCCAGAGAAGGAGGGGACAGUCGUGGAUUAAGGUAGGGAUAGGAAUCCAGGUCGCUGCCUUCCCUCUGGGUCCUGAACAGUUCUCUGAGUCACCCCAGAGUGGAGGGACAGAGGUACAGAGGCAAGCUGGAAAUGUGAGGGGGGCACCUGCUGGCAGGAGCCCUGAAGGCAGCUACCUAGGCUGCGAAAGGGAGGCCACACCUGCAACCACAGGGACCAGGCAGAGGCCAGCAGAGAGGGAGGGAGGCAUAAGGGGUGAGUCCAGGAGCAGAGGACGUGCAGACUGGGCACGACAGAUGGGUGCCCUGUGCCAGCUCCCUCUGAAGCCACUGUCAACAGAACGAGGUUACAGGACAGGUCAGGGCAAAAGUGGUCCAAUCCAGGCUGGAGAGGAAAGUGGGAGACCUAAGGGGAGAGGGAUGAAACAGGCGUGACCUUGUACAGUAUGGUAGCCACUAGCUGCACGUGGCUGUUUAAUUGAAAUUAAAUACAAUUAAAAAUUCAGCCCUCAGUCACACUAGCCACGUUUCAGGUGCUCAACAGCCACAUAUGACUAACGGCUACCACACUGGACAGCGCAGAGUGAACGUUAACAUCAUUGGAGAAAGUUCUACUGGGCAGCACAGGCCUAGACCAUGGCCUGGGGCCUGGUGGGGGGAAGGGGGAAGCAUAUGGGGCCUGCGAGGGAAGGGAGGGGCUGACAGAGUAGGAAGAGUGAGGCAGGUAGAGAUACACAGUGUAACUCUGGAAAAACGCCAAACAAAUCACUAGCGGAAAAGGGGGCAUGAGAGACUCAAAGUGCCAGUACAGCUGCCCAGAGCACGAGCACUCCCUGGUGCCCAAGGAAGGAGGCUCUAGGGAAUGCCAGGCACAGACAGCUUGCGAAAGGGGGCUGUGGGGAAUUCCCAGAAUUAUUAGUGACGGGAGCCCUUGGGAAAUGCAACAAAAAACAGUGGCAGGUUUCCCUCCUUCCUGAGCCCAUGGGAAUAUGGGAGGGAGGACUGGAUCAGGGACAGACACGAAGCUCAGAGCUGUCACAAUGAAGAGGCAAGCUGGUCUCCAGAAUCCUCACCAGGACUGAGGAACUUUGCUUUGCUCAAAACCUCUGACAACGGGGCUACGACCCCACCCUGAGGCCUGGCCAGAAGACUUGGAGCAGAGCCCAGUUGGCCGCAUGAGCUUCUGACACCCCAGGCCUUUCCAGGUGUGGCAGAGGGGGAAGGGAAGCCUGGACACACAGCACCUCCACAACCCAAACCUGUGGCCUCCCCCUUCCCUCCUCUUGUGUGGCUGUGCUGAACUGAAAGCCCCCGUGGGAUGGUGAUAAAGAGAACUCUUUGUAACACAGCCUAUGGAGUGCCGUCUGGGGCUUUGAAAUGCUGGGCCUUAACCGUGGGGAAACAGUCUCUAAAGAAGGAUCCCAAGUCAAGCUCAGACCAGGUCCUUUGCCUCCUCUGUCCAGGGUCUGGGACACACUCCAGAGAGCUCCCCAUCCUCACGGCCAGGUGAGGGGCGUGGUGGCGGGGUGCCUGAGGCAAUGGGAGUGGAGCCGCGAGGACUAAGAGCCGGUGUUGGGCGUGUGUCAGCUCAAGUGCAUGCUUUACCACAAGUCGGGCACCAGGCAGCACCUCAGUGUCGGCAGGGUAGUCAGUGUUAUUUCUAAAGAGGAGAUAUUGCCUCUUGACAUUAGGUCCCCAUCUGGGACAGCCAUGGACACACCUGGAAGGAAGCUGGGGAAGGAAGCAGCCACCCUCAUCACCGGCCCCUUCCCUGAAGCACCAGGUCAUCUCAGCACCAAAUGCUUCACACUGCAACCAAGCGACCCGAAGGCCAGGACAAUGCCUUUGGGUGAUGAUGAGAGACCCCAAAGGGGACCAGAACAUGGAAAAUAAGGUCUAAGAGGUCUGCAUAGGGUGGGCCCCGCUGGCACUCAGAGAGGAAAGGGGAUCAGCAAGGAAUCACAGUCCUCCUGCUUGGAUUGGCAGACCUGCCAAUCUCUCCAUAUUCCUGAUGACUGGAAUUUGCGAGGAAAGGGCCCUGAGAGGAGCCCAAACAGGAAGAGGCGCCCCGAAGCCUGAGCAGGCCCAGCUGCGUGAGGCCUGGCUCCUUACCUGGGACAGUCCUGGGUGGUUAGGGCCCAUUGUGCUCUGGGGCCGUCCCUCCAACCAGGAAAUCUUCAGAGGGUUAUCGACUAGGCCCACUUCAUUCUGGACAGCCAGCUCCUGUCAAAUACAGCAUCCGGUCCUGGUCCCAUCACUCCAGUCGGCUACAAAGUGGCUCUCGCUACCCCCACAGAAAGAACCAGAACCAGCGCUCUCAUCCUCCAAGCAAAGCACAGCAAACUUCAUACAAUGGUGUGCUGAAGCUCUGACCUUCCUUGUGCGCCACGUGAGCUUUCUGACUGGGGAGUGGGGGAAGGGGAGAAGGCAGUGCGAGGGCUCCAACCUGGAGGCGUGCUGGCUUCCAGAGGAAGGUGGAGGGUGUGGAGCCAGGCAGCAGGAAAUGAAGCCAUCCCCGGAAUAUUCUCCUGUCCAUCCCUUCACUCGCUGUGCCUCUACUCCUGGGAGCUGGAGGGGCUCUGGGAAAUCUUGGCUCUGAGCUGGCCCAGAGAUCCCCUGGGAGUGUGGACACCUAAGCUCAGAGGGCCUACAGAACUGGAUUCCUCCCCUGGAAAGGCAGGGCUGUCGGUAGCCCCCAAAGCCCCACACAGCACUCACCGCAGCCUUGAUGGUUGCAAACUCCACCACGGCGGUGCCUGCCUUCUUACUGGACAGUACCAGGUUGAGCACCUCUCCGUACUGUGAGGAUAAGGGGGUCCCGGUAAGCGUGGCUCAGCCUUCAGGAUGGCCCAGCUCACACCAGAGACAAGCGUGAGCCACCCAGAGGCCACUAGGCCAUUUUUAGCCGGGGUAUAACCUCUCAUUGCUAGGUUCAACCAGAAAGGGGAUAUCAGAGAUGGGAAAGAAAGGUUCCCCUGCCCCUCGGGAAUGCAGAAGACAGCAAAGGAGAGCUUGGCAGACGUGGGAAUUUAGACCAGCAGAGACGCACAGCUGCCUCAGCAACUGAAGGAGGUGAAGAGGAUGGGGCUUUGGUGCCAGACAAUAGCCUCCUCUCGCCCCACAAACGCAGCCAAGCCCUUUGCUUCUAAGGAUGGCAAGGGAAGGGGCACAUGGCAACAUGAGUGACUGGAAGGCCGUGGCCUGGGGAGAAGGUCUAUGACACAGAAAAAAAGGCAGGUAGAGAUGGGAAGGAAGGUUAGGCCUGGAGAUCCUGGGGUUUGGGCUGAGGUGGGGCCUGAGAUGAUGGGUUAGGGGGAAGUCAGCAGGGCAGACCUUUUGAAAAAGCCGCAGGAGGACAUCUCUGGAAUAGCCGCCUUGUGACUUGGCCUCCUUGCUCUUCCACUUGAGCUGAAAAGACAGCAGUGGGUGUCAACAUUAAACACUGACUUCUCAACAGAACCAGACCCUGCACCUGAGCUUUACAGUCUGAGCAGACACCCCCCUUCAAAGUACUGGUAAUCUAAGGAGCACCCCCCAAAAUGCAUUCCCCUUGAAAACAGACAGGCAGGUGGCCUGCUCACCCACAGCUACGCUUCCAGCCCUAUAAGAUGCUCUCCUUCGAGGGCCUCAGGGAGGGCUGCGCUGCAGCCUUUCACGGCCAGCUCUGAGAGGCCAUCCUGAUGCCCAGGCAGUGGGAAGAUGGAAGGAUGGGAUGUGGGUAGUGGUGUGGCUCCCAGAGAUCCAGCGUCCCCGCCAGAAGCACCUGUGCCCAUGGAAGCAUCUGUUCUGCUGAGAGGAGAUGGUGUGAGGUGGCCCGUAGAUCCGCAGGGCUCACCUUUAGCUUGGGGGUUCCUUUGCUUUCAGGAUUUUCUGCCAUUCCUAGAAAAUUUAGGAAAAUUAGCAAGGUAGAAUAUGAUGGAAUCAGAGGUUCUCUCUCCCAAAGGAGACACAGCCCAGGGCCAAAGGACCUAGAAAAGAUCACUCCUGACCAAGGGCAGUAUUUGCCCCGCCCUGCUGUGGAGCCUGGUAGGACAAGUAGAGGCAAUCCCACCCCAACCCUGAGGAGCUGUCACCUUGGGACAGCUGCCCAGCUGCCUGCUGAAGGCCAUGGUCAGCACUCUGCCAACAAAGGGCUAUGAACACCUACGGGGGGCAGAAGGUAGAGGUAUAGACCACACAAUUCUACUGAAACAAAGUACCCCAGAGCCUUCCCCGCCCCGCCCUGGUGAUCUGCUCCAAAAUAGAGCCAGCUCUGCUUGGGACUAAGAUAAAUGGGGCCAGGAGAUCGCAGGUAGAGUGAAAAUCCAAUAGGCCUCAGAGAACUGGUAAGAAGAGACAGGUGGCAUGUGUCCAAGUGGGGUGCCCAGGGGGUUCCAGCAGGUGGAAGCUUCCAGAACAACUUCCCUGAGCAGCCACUGUGGCCACUCUGGGCAUCAAGAGCUGCCUCAGAGUGGGAGGCAGGUUUGGGGGACGGACUCUCACCUCUCAACCUCUGUUCCCGUUCCUGGCGUAUCUGCUCCUGGAUCACCCUCUGCUGCUCCUCCAGCUGCCGGGAACCCUCUUCUCGCAGGCGUCUGAUCUGCAGAGUGGGAGUUGGGGAGGGUGACAGUUCUGUGCAGAUCCAGUUCCAGGUUGGCUCACCUUGCAAAGGUCCCUGGGACAUUCCACCUGCAAGCUAGGCUCAGCAACCUGCAGGUGGGACAGAUCACCCAGAUCCCACAGAAGAAAGUGGAAAUGGCAUGCCCUCUCCAGCCACAGCAACCCCUUUGCUCCACCAGCCUCCUCCCCCUGCAGAUGGCUGCAGUGCCUGGACGCUCACCUCUUGCUCUAGUGUCCCGGUGCUCCGGCUCUCCUCCUCCUCCUCCUCGUCGCUGCCGUGGGCCUGGGCCUGCCGCUCCCGGGCCUCCAGGUCUACGAACAAGGGUUGAAUGACCCAAUGUCUGGUCUAAGCAGUUUCUACAUGGCCCCAGCCUACCAGGCUCUGGCUGCUUCCCCAAAGUCUCACACAGCAUGAACCUAUACAGUAACUCUGGCCCCUCCCUCAAUGCCUAUGUGCUCCCAAAUUAAUUUCCAUUGAGAAAAGUCCUAACAAGGAAGAGAAUAGGAUCCAGCUGAGUGGCCGGGGUCUGGAAAAGUUAAAGCAGCUCACACUGACCAAGCUGGUUCUCCAGUGAACAAGGUGUGGGUGGGUGCUUAUGUCAGCAACCCAGGGCCAUGGGUCAGGGCUGCCAGUGGGUGGAGCUCCUGGCCUCUGUUCCUGUGGUUUGGCACCACAGCCUGACCUGCGACCUUGCCAUGGCUUUGAUGCUCUUCCCACCACUGAGCUUGAGUUCCCACAGAAUCUUCUUUUUUUUUUGGCUGCAUUGGGUCUUUGUUGCUGCGCGCAGGCAUUCUCUAGUUGUGGCGAGCAGGGGCUACUCUUCGUUGCAGUGUGCGGGCUUCUCAUUGCGGUGGCUUCUCAUGUUGCGGAGCACGGGCUCUAGGUGUGUGGGCUUUGGUAGUUGUGGCUUGCGGGCUCUAGAGCACAGGCUCAGUAGUUGUGACGCACGGGCUUUGUUGCUCCACGGCAUGUGGGAUCUUCCUGGACUAGGGAUUGAACCCGUGUCCCCUGCAUUGGCAGAUGGAUUCUUAACCACCGCACCACCAGGGAAGUCUCACGGUGGAAUCUUCUACCUCCCCCCUCAACUCACAUUUACCAAGCCUCACUGUGGACCCGGCUACAACGGCUCCUACAGGGAUGGCAGCCACCAUGCAAGGACAUCACCCCAGGUCCUGGAGCCUUCCCACCUUCCAAGAGAAACCUGCUUGUGGCCCUGUCCCAGGCCAGCUGCUGUGACAAAUGCUUCUUUCAGGUCUGGGACACACCACUUUGUUUUCUGUUCACUUUACUUACCUAAACUCUUCAGGUUUGUUUGUUUUUGAUGGAUGUACUGGGAUGGUAUAUGUACAUAAUAAAUAUAUGGAUGUGAAGCAGGCAAGAGGAAGGGGAGAAAAAUCGAGUAAAGCAUGCUUGGACCAAUCUUAUGGGGGUGAUGAAAAUGUUCUAAAAUUGAUUUAGAGUCAUAGUUGCACCAUUUGGUAAAUUUACUAAAAAUCACUGAAUUGUUCACUUGAAAUGGGUGGAUGAUAUGAUAUACAAAACAUAUGUCAAUAAAGCUGUUUCUUAAAAGACAAA